AUGAGUCCCGGACUAGUGUUUGUCUUACUGUGCGCACUGGCAUCUGUAACUGCUGCUGAAGAUAGGCCUCGGUGUCCUAGGGGAUUCCUUGAGCACGGAUCUUCUUGUUAUUGGUUCUCCAACAUAGAGGGAUCAUUUGCUGAGGCAAGUUCCUACUGCCAGUUCUUUGGGAGUCACCUGGCCAGAAUAACUAGCGAAGAUGAGGACGACUACCUGAGAAGCCGUGCAAAUGAAGAAAAAGGCUCUAUAGGCUACUGGCUGGGUGCGACUGAUCUGAUCAAGGAAGGGGAGUUUAUGUGGGAGGGGCGUUCCCUUAACUACACAAACUGGGCUCCUGGGGAACCUAACAGCAGAAAUGCAUCAGAGCAGUCAGGGCAUUGUCUUAUGCUCCAGAUGACAACUGGCUAUAAGUGGAAUGAUAAUGAUUGUAUUAAGACAAAGUUCAUCUGUGAAAGGAAAGUGUCCAUGUGUUGCUGCAAACACUGA